AUGCACUGGUUCGGAGGAACAAUCGCUGAAGCGGUAACACUGUCGAAACAAAAAAAUGCGAUUUUUGUUGUUUUCGUUGAAGGAGACAAUGACUUGUCAAAGGAAUUAGCAGCAACAAUUGACAAUGGAUCGGUUUUGAAACGGUUGGCUGACCCAACAAACUUCUUAGCAAUAAAACUGAAGAGUGGAACUGAAAAUUAUACAUAUUUUGCUCAGAUUUAUCAAUUUGUGCCAGUACCAUCACUAUUCUUCAUUGGAAAUAAUGGCACACCUUUAGAAGUUGUUUGUGCUGGUGUUGAAGCAGAGAAUCUUGCAGAAAGGAUUGACCGUAUCCUUGAAGUGCACUACCAAGGUAAAUCACUGCAGCCAUCUACAUCAAAACAAAAUAUAAAAGAAGAAACUAAGAACUUACUGCAGUCUGAAGCUGCCGCCACUGAGAAGACUGCCACAACACUUAAAGAGAAUGUACCUAAAAUAUCAGAAGAACCUGAAAUCUCUGGACCAGCUGCGAAGAUCCCUAAGACUGUGCAUCAUGAAGUAACCCGUUCAGGGACUGAGUACGAGGUGGUGUGUGAUGGUGAUGUGUGUGUCCGGAAACCAAAGACAGGACAAGAUACCCCGGGACCAAGUCAUAGGGAGGAUACCAAUGCUGAAACCCCUAUGGAGGUGGAAAAGCCAGUUGAAGACAUUCCUGAUGUAAACGCAGAGGAAAAGAUAGAAAGAGCUAAAGAGCUUAUCGAAGCAAGACGAAGAGAAAAGGCGGAAAAGGAAAAAGAGCUAGAGAGGGAAAAGGAGUUGGAAAGAAGAGCGACAGGUCAAGGUGUCGCUGAACUCAAGAGAUGGCAGACCGAACAAGAGUUCAAGCAGAUACAGGAGGAAAGAAAACGUGAGAAAAUGGAAAAUAAUUUGGCGAGACAGCGUAUAUUAGAGCAAAUAGCUCAAGACCGUGCCGAGAGAAAGGCGAGGGAUCAGCCGCAGACGCAAACGGCUACGACGCCGCCUGCGCAAACGCUACUGACAUCUGGAGAUGGCACUCCUCGCGCGAGAGUCCAAUUCAAGAUGGCGAAUGGCGAAUCUCACACAGCACAUUUCGAAGCGUCCACUACGGUUGAGGAACUGCACCAGUAUGUUGCUGAUAAUUUGCAGAUGACACGUACCUCGUUUUCUCUCUGGACGGCGUUUCCUCGUCGCGAGUUGACAGAAAACGAUGCGACUCUGCGCGACUUACAACUAAUCCCUUCUGUGGCCUUGCUCGUCCUUCCGAGACGUACCACCAUCGUGUCUUCUAGUCCUUCGCCAUUUAGUUCUCUUAUUGCAUUUUUCUCACAACUUUUCUCCUCAAUGGUCUUGGAUCCAUCAUAUCAGCUAUAUACGUGGGUUCGGUCGCGUUUGUUUGGGGCAACGAACCCCACGCGAACCCAGGGAGGUCCGGGAAACGUUUCGCCGGGGAACAUUCCAUCAGGCAACAUUCCACCUGGCAUCAGGCGCAGGGGAAAUGUGCAUAGACUGACAGGGGACAGGCCAGACGAUGAUAAUAAUACAUGGAAUGGGAAUUCUACACAACAAAUGUGA